GUGGGUGCCCAUGGCGCUGCUGCGCUGACAGGGCUGGGAGCAGCCUGCCUUCCGCUCUGACCAGAUCGGUGUCGAAAUAGCCAGUCCUUCCCCGGGGAGCCAGUUCCUCCCCGGGCCCCUGAGCCAUGCCCAUCGCGGCCGCCCCGGACGAGCCAGGUGUAAAUUAAUUAUUUGGAAAACAACUGAACAAUGGAGCCAGACAUCAUUCGAAUGUACUCUUCAUCCCCACCACCACUUGACAAUGGAGCUGAGGAUGAUGAUGACGAUGAAUUUGGGGAAUUUGGUGGAUUUUCAGAAGUUAGCCCUUCUGGUGUAGGGUUUGUUGAUUUUGAUACACCAGAUUAUACUCGUCCCAAGGAAGAGUUUGUACCUUCAAACCAUUUCCAGAGGAGCAGUUGCUGGUGGCCAUGCACGGGAAUCAGCCACUUCAGUUCAGACAGCUUUACUAAACCGCCUGGAGCGAAUUUUCGAAGCAUGUUUUCCUUCCAUAUUUGUUCCUGAUGCUGAAGAGGAAGUUGUUUUCCUGAAGCACUUGCUAGAAACAAGCACCUUGCCAAUAAAAACAAGAGAGGCCUUAGCUGAGAGUGGGGAACUGCUGGAUGUGUGGACCGAGCUACAGGAUAUCCAUGAUGCACAUGGCUUGAGAUAUCAGUGGGGUGGUUCCCAUAGCAACAAGAAGCUUUUGUGCUCUUUGGGAAUAGACACCCGAAACAUUCUCUUCACCGGCAAUAAGAAGCAGCCUGUCAUAGUACCCAUGUAUGCAGCAGGACUGGGUAUGUUAGAGCCCACCAAGGAACCAUUAAAACCAUUAUCUGCUGCAGAAAAAAUCGCUUCCAUUGGUCAGACAGCCACCACGUCAUCGGAGAUGAACACGUGUGCAUCUGAUCAGUUGCAGGAGUCUCUACCACCCGUCCAGUUUGACUGGAGUAGCAGUGGCCUUACUAACCCUUUAGAUGCUAGUGGAGGUUCCACUCUUCUGAACCUUGAUUUCUUUGGGCCCGUGGAUGACAGUAGCUCUAGCAGCAGCACCACAAUCCCAGGUGUGGAUCCAGAAUUGUAUGAGUUAACAACUUCUAAGCUGGAAAUCUCAACCUCAAGCCUCAAAGUGACCGACGCGUUUGCAAGACUCAUGUCCACCGUGGAGAAGACCAGCACGUCUACCAGGAAACCGAAAAGAGAAGAGCAUCUGAGUGAAGAAGCUGCCAAGGUGAUCGCGAGCCUUCCCGACCUAACGUUCAUGCAUGCCAAGGUGUUGAUGUUCCCAGCCACGUUGACACCGUCCACAAGCUCCCAAGAGAAAGCAGACUGACAGCCGAUGUGAAUUGGACAGUCAC